UGAAUAGUUCUAUCCUGACGGCUGGCUCGAGCAGUAAAUUUUUUUCAAUGAACAUGUCAAUCACAAUCUCUGAUGCCUAAUUAACAAUCACACAGUGAUAAACAUCGCAUCACCUCUAGGUAGGCAAAUUCAUUCAUUCAUUCAUAUGAUCAACAACUCUUGGUUUUUUCCAUAAAAGUAAUCUCACCAAUCGAUAAUUACUUUUGCCAAAAAUGUUGCUCAUUGCCGGUUAUAUCGGUUUUCUCAUGGUCUUCGGGACCUUGAACACCCUGACGACGAAAUGGCAGUUCUCUAUGACCUCUGUUGGAAGCGAUGGAGUUGAAAAGCCGUUUCAAAAGCCAUGGUGUUAUGAGCUUUGAAUUUCAUAUUUUUUCCAUUGACGACGUAAAUCAGAAUCAAGACGUCGGGACGAUUCUGAUAAUUGCCCUGUGAAUGUCGAUGUGAGUAGUCCUCGUACGGGGUACUCACCAGGUACUAGUCAUGAAAAAUCGUUUUAGAAGUGUUGAGCCAACUUCUAACCAUUGGGCAACUUUGCGAUGUUCGCGGCUAUGGUAGGGGUGCUUGGCGUGGAGGCCGUUAUGCGACAGAGGAACAAGAAAAGCAUGAAAGCGGAUUCGGAUAGGAUGACGCCACUGUUGAGGGAUGGAUCUACGGUAGUAGCUUUUUAGAUUUUUUUAUGAAGAAGAAGAACUUCAACUGGGUACGACUAGUCGUACUCCAGAACGAAGAUCAUUGCUUACACUUACAGGUGGUUGUACUUAGACUUACACUUACUCACAUUUAUCAUCCUUUCGGAAACGGACUAGUCCAUACUAGAUCCAAUUUACUCACAACUUCCUACCCUAACCCUAAACCCAUCAGGGAGCCGCCAUCUCGAGCAAGGCAUGGAGCGACUUUUUGAUGGUUGCGGUUCCGGCGAUUCUCGACCUCGUUUCUUCCGGACUAAACUUCAUUGGUUUGCUGUACAUCUCCGCGUCUGUGUGGCAGAUGUUGAGAGGAUCCAUGAUUUUAAGGUUGUACCUUUAUAAUCCGUCGUUGCAUCCUAAUUAGGUUUUGAGACAAUACCUCAUGCUAGGUAAAUGAAUGAAUGAAUGAGAAGAGGGAUCCCGGCGCAGAGGUACUCAUCAAGGGAUAUUCGUAAGGGAUGCUUACCUUGCAGAGAGAGAUUCUUGGAACGCUUAAUAAUCACUUACAUCUGGGUUACAACAUUAUAUAUAACUAUACUCUUGGAAGCAGUACGAGGAGCUCUAAUGCAUGUCUUUUCCGCAUUCCUCAGUAUCAUAUUUCUCAACCGACAGCUCUACGGUUUCAACUGGUUGGGCAUUAUCAUCUGCGUGACGGGCAUUUCCUGUGUUGGAGCAGCUAGUGUUCUGGGUGAGAGCGAUGCUCCGAAAGAAGAUGCUAGUUCUAUUGCAGAUACAGCCUCCUCUGCAUCGAGUUCUGGAGCAGCAAUUGGUGUCGCCUUCGUCAUGGCGGCACAGGUUUUGCAAGCGGCACAGUGCGUGGCUGAGGAGAGAUUGUAAGUGUUGUUUAUAUUAAUUGAUGGACUACUACUACAUGUACAUCUACGAUGAAUUCCACUCGUCCUUGUUGGUCGUAAAGAAAUCUAAGCACGUUUACCUGCUCGAUGAUUAACUUCCUUGCGGCACAAGCAACAUCGACACAUUAGACUCACCUAAAAACGACCACAGGCUGAAGAACGUCGAGCUGUCAUGCUUCGUUUUAGUCGGAUAUGAUUAAGGCUGUACCUAAUACAUCUCUGAACGCAUCCUUGAGACGUAUGGAGGAGUAUCCACCUAAGGGAAUAUAGUGCUCUCCCAUAGUACUUUUCAAGGAUGCACGUGAAAGAUGAAUUAUCAGGACAGCUCUAAUAUGAAGGAAUCUGGGGAGUGCUGAUUAUGCUUUUGAUAGUCUUCCCGAUGAUGGAGAUCCUUCCAGGUAACGACGUUGGCGGCGUCCAGGAGAACACUGUUGACACCCUGACCAUGCUCAGCAACUCAGCUGGAUUGCAGACGAUGCUGGCUGUAUUAUGUUUAUAAUCCUUAUUAUUCCUCAAACUGCACUUAUACACUUUGAACAGUUCUACCGAACAAGAAAGGCAAGACAACCAAUCGUCUUCCCUCCCUCUCAUUCUUACCAGAUCUACCUCUCAUUCUUACCAGAUCUACCUCUGUUCCUGCUGUACGUACAACGUCGCGCGCAUGUUGGUCACGUCAUCACUUUCGGCGGUUCAUUACACGAUGA